AUGUCGAAUCUAUCUGCUCAACUUAGUGCAUUUAAGAAUAAGAUCAAGAGCGGGCCCUCUGUGGCAGUGGCGAGGAAAGCCACGGCUCCGAAACCAGAUACUUCGUCUCCAUCUAAUAAUUCACCACAUAUUAAUGGCGACACAUCAACACCAGCAUCAGCAUCAAAAUCUACGACAGCAGCAGUAGCAGCAUCAUCAGGGGAGAUGGGGUCAUCAAAGAGGCUUUUGCAGCCCGAAUCACCCGCAGAGCUGUAUAAGCGUCAAAAAAUCACACAUAACAAUGCAUCUGGAUCUCAUUUAUCCACACAGUUACACCUUGCCGUGGAGUAUAUCAAGGAGCAGGAUCAUCCAGUCAGCAUUGCCGAACUACAAUCUAUGCUUGCUGUGGACAUAGAACAUACGUUAUUACCAUUAUUAAAGGAAAUUGAUCGAGUAAAGUUCACUGGAAGAACUUUUGAGUAUGUGUCGCUACACAAUAUCAAGAGUGCCGAUGAUUUGCUUGAGUUCUUGAGAAAACAAACUACAUCAAAGGGUAUCUCAGUGAAGGAGUUGAAGGAUGGAUGGAGCGGAUGUGUCCAAGCAAUAGACAAAUUAGAAGCCGAGAACAAAAUAUUGGUGUUGAGGAACAAGAAGGAGAAUGCACCGCGACUAGUAUGGGCAAAUGCAGGCGGCGAGCUUGGCACUAUAAGUGACGAGUUUAAGGAUAUGUGGGUAAAUGUUAAGCUUCCUGACCCAGACUCCUUAUAUCAAAAGCUAAUAGAUCAAGGCUUGAAACCAACUGGCGCCGAUCCAGCCCUUUUGAACAAACAGCCACAGCAGCAAGAGAAGAAGCAGAAGAAAGCUCGGAGGGGAAAGAUUACAAAUACCCAUAUGAAAGAUAUAUUGAAAGAUUAUUCUCAACUAAUGUGA